CUCAUGUUACUUUGUCCUCCUAGGAAGCUUUGCAGCUAGUGAUCGAAAGAUACAUCUAGCACAUUGGAUGCAAGGAUGAAUAGGCCAGUGGAGCCUACUCCGCAAUAUCUGCGAGAACUAGUACUCGACUACUUAGUGCACAACGCGUAUGUCGAUUCCGCGCGUGCGUUCGCAUCUGAGACUGUUGAUGUAGUACACGCGGAUGAGAUUCUGGAGGGUCUCGCUGGUGACGCGGCUUCCGUAACGGACACGGACGACGUCCAGCAGAUGGAGGGAGUUAACACGAUCGAAGAAGACAGUGAUGAUACUCUAUCAGAAGAGGACUUGAAUCUUGCGCGUCAACGCAGAGAAAUCAAACUCCAUAUCCUUUCAGGCCGCGUUGAUGAAGCCACCCAGCUGCUCAACACACACUUUCCUGCCGUACUCCAAGAGAAUGAUUGCGAUAUCCCCGCACCGGCACCUCACACUAGACUCCCGAGCGCGUCUUCGCCUUUCUCAAGGUUACGCUACGCGUCACAGGUCUCGACCAAACCCAUUCACAUAGCGCUCAAUCUCCGCAUUCUUGCCUUCAUUGAAGCCGCACGCACCGUUCCGCUCGUAUACUCUGGUGAUCCGAAACGUUCGUCAUCUUCCGCUUCGAUGUCUACGCCUGACACUCCUCCCGGCACGGAUCGCUCACCUGACGCCUACUCCGCGCAUCAGACUGCGCUUUUACACCGUGCGCAGAGAUUGUAUGCCGCGGUAGAGUCACUACGUGAUACGCGCGAUCGAGAGGUGUAUCGUAAGGAAUUGAACAGCGUUGGUGGACUACUGGCAUACACCGUCCCCGAGGCAAGUCCGAUGGCGAAGUACUUAACUCAGGAACGCCGCGAGGCUGUCGCCGAUCAGGUGAACAGCGCAAUUCUCCAUCAUCUGGGGAAGGCCGCGGCUUCUCAUAUCGAGCUGUAUGUACGACAGAUGACGACGGUCAUGUCGGUAAUGCGGGACAAUGGUUGGGCGCCACCACCGCAGGUACGCGACCUCUUGAGUGAAUCGGAGCCUGAGCAAACGCCCCCGCCACAACCCAAACUAGCGGCUGUUAAAGCGGAGAAAGCAGAACAAGAAAAAUCACAGGUCUGCCCGCCUUUCGACUUACACCAGUUUGUAGGGCCGCCUCCGAAGUCACCUUCCUGACGAUUUAUUCCUAUACCCUGUCUACACAAAGAAGAUUCCGUCGCGUUGUACAGAGUCCUUUGUUGAUUUGGGCCACUUCAUUGUGCUCUAUCAGGUUACCCUCAACGGGACUCAGGCGUCUCCUGUACUCAUCCUACCUUCAACUACUCUGCCCAUCCCCCUUUAUACUUGCAUUUUCUUAUUUAGUAUCAAUACCACGUGCUGUACUCGACAAUUAUCUCCGCUCCCCCGUUGUUUCGUAUAUUCUCUGAUCGAUGUACAUGUACUUUAACAGAAUGCAAUAAAGCUAGGAAUAACCUUUACCUC